GGGCACGGCGGCGGCGUGCCGGGCGAGGGGCGGCGUGCCGGGCGAGUGCCGAGCGAUGGCCAGCGGUGGCGGCGCUCGCGGCUCCAAGAGAAAAAGGAAUUGGGAUAUAGAGCACUCCUCCUUUCCAGGAGAGAGGCCACUGCAGGUCAGAAGAGCAGGUCCCAGGACAGCAGGGGCAGCUGCCUCCCUCUCUGAAGCGUGGCUCAGGUGUGGAGAAGGAUUUCAGGACAUUUCUGGGACUCUGUCAUUAACAGCUGAAAAGAAGACUGUUACAGAAAAGCAUCUUGAAUUAUCCCCUACACCCAAGAAAGAAACUACCACAUCUAAGAGUACCAGUGGGCUUACAGAUAUAACAUGGAGUUCCAGUGGAAGUGAUUUGUCAGAUGAGGAUAAGACACUUUCUGAAUCACAGAGAGAGAAUGAACAUAGCCCUGGAAUAGACAGGUUUUGUAACAGGAAUAUUUUAUGUCCAGAAGAUGGGGCCAGUGAAGAUGAAUUACAGUUUAUCGACUGGGAGAUUGACAGUGACAGAGAAGAUGCUAGUGACUGUAAUGAGUGUGAAGAUGGUGAGGGUGCUGUGGACAUCUCAGACUGCGCUUCUUGCGCAAGUAGUCAUUCUUUGACAAGUGAUGAGAGGCUGUCUGAGCUUCCCAAGCCAAGUUCUACAGAAAUUUUGGAAUAUUCAUCAGAUAGUGAAAAAGAAGAUGACUCAGAGAAUAUCCUAUUCAUUGAUUCAGAAUCCCCUCAUAAACACCACACAGAGUUUGGAUCAGAUGCAAGACAGGGUGUAGAGAGACUGACAGACCCAAGGGCAGAAUCGACAGAGAUCAUCUUGUGUACUCCCCAGAAAUGGACAGCUACGUUUCCCAAGACUCCAGAAAAUUCAGCAAAGAAGAAGAAGCUUUUAAGAGGCGGGCUAGCAGAAAGACUGAAUGGACUGCAGAAUCGAGAGAGAUCUGCCAUUUCUUUGUGGAGACAUCAAUGUGUUUCUUACCAAAAGACACUUUCAGGUAGGAAAUCUGGUGUAUUAACUGUGAGAAUUCUAGAGCUACAUGAGGAAUGCACCAUGCAUGUUGCCCUGUGUGAGCAAUUGGCAGGGUCGUCAGCCGCUGGCCCUUCCCGAAGUAUAGGCCCCAGGCCUGGAGCCCACCUGAAAGUUCUCUUCACCAAGGAGACUGCAGGCUACCUCAGGGGGCGUCCCCAGGACAUUGUCUACAUCUUUCCUCCCUGGCAAAAACUUACUCUCCCAGAUGGAAGUUGCUCUGUUAUUCUGAAUACUUACUUUUGUCAGAAAAUCGUUGCCAGAGAAGAUGCAGAAACAACUCAUCGAGUAUGCAGUCGGGACGCACUCCUUCCAGGAAGAAGCAUCACUUUGGCCCACAUGUUUAGAAUUAAGAGUCUAACAAAUAAGUCACCUGAAAUCCAGGUUGUGUGCGGCCGUGUGGCCGCCACAGGGACAGGCUGGACCCACAGGUGCGAAGAAGCAAAAGGACACGUCGCUGCCCUAAGGGACGCCCUCCUGGACGUGGUGGAGAGCCCGGGAGCCGGCGUCCGCGUGCUGGUGCAGAGGACGUACUCCCUUCCCGGCCGGGACGGCGCCCCGACCCCGCUGGGGGCGCCCGGAGUCCGAAUCUGUCUUCUGGUGCAAGACGCCUGUGGAAUGUUUGGUGAAGUGCACUUGGAGGCCGCCAUCUUGAAGGGAAGACAGUUGGAAGGGAAGUCCUGCAGCCUGGUGGGCAUGAAGGUACUACAGAAGGCCACCAGAGGAAGGGCAGCGGGGCUUUUCAGUUUGAUCGACUCCCUGUGGCCCCCAGUGAUGCCGCUCAAAGCACCUGGCCACAGCCAGCCCUGCGAAGAGAUAAAAACUCAUCUGCCUCUUCCUGCCUUCUGUUACAUCCUCACGGCCCAUCCAGCUCUGGGACAAAUCGAUAUCCUUGAAGGAGACCCCAUUUCAAAGCUCUACCGGCCUCCAGCUACCCGCUGCUUAAGAGAAAUUCUCCAGACUGGUGACCUCGGUACCCGCUGCAGUUUCUGUGCCAGGGUGAUUUAUCAAAGACCACAGCCAAAGAGUCUACUGCUUCUGGAGCAAAGGGAGGUCUGGCUGCUGGUGACUGACACCAGCCUGCAAGCGGGGCAUGGGAGUGACCCAGCGCUCCCCAAAACCCUGCCGGUCUGUGUGUCCCCCGCCUGUGUGCUGGGCCCGGAAGUCCUGGAAGCGUUCACCGUGGCUGCUCCUCACACCAUCCUCUUCAGGGACGCUGUCCGAGACCAGGGUCGAGUUGUUUGUGUUGAGCGGACUGUCCUCCUACUUCAAAAGCCACUUUUGUGUGUGGCCUCUGGCGCUUGCCCCUGCGAGCUGCCUGGCCCGGUGACGCUGGACCGGCUGGACCCCACCACACCCGUCGGCGCCAUCUGCAGUGUACAAGGCACCGUGGUCGGUGUGGAUGAGAGCUCCGCUUUCUCGUGGCCUGCGUGUGACCAGUGUGGCAGCGGGAGAUUGCAACGGAGGCCAGAAGCCAGAGGCGCCUUUUCCUGCGGGGACUGUUCCCGGGUGGUCACGUCUCCUGUUCUCAAGAGACACCUGCAGGUCUUCCUGGACUGCCCCUCGAGACCCCGGUGCAGAGUGAAGGUCAAGCUGCUGCAGCGCAGCAUCUCCUGCCUGCUGAGCUUUGCCGCCUGCGAGGACGGGUGGGCCCCCAUGGCCAGAUUCCAGCCAGAAUUUAUGAAAACUCGAUCCGUGCUGUGGAGGCUCCUCCACCCACCCCUGCCUGCCCUUGUCUCCCCCUGCACCUCGGGGACUGCAGUUGACCCUCUUUCGUCUGAACCAUGGCUGGCAGCGUUGGAAUUAAACUGGAAUGUAGCUAAACCCACGAGCAGGAUCUCUGAGAAUCACCAGUCUGAGCCCAAGAGUUAUGAAGUGAAGAGUGUCCUCGGAAAGGAGGUGGGGCUGCUAAAUUGUUUUGUGGAGUCUGUAACCACCCACCCGAGGAGCUGUGUUGGAUUGGAGGAGAUCAAGCUGCUGAGUGCAGGGCGGCCGCCCUGGGACCUGUGACCUUGCCGAGUGGCCGCGAGGGGGGGGGCAGUUAUUUGUUAACUAUGGACAGAGUGAAUGUAGGUUAUGAUCUUGGAAUGAAACUUACCGAGAUUUUUCU